AUGCUCCAUGAGGUGCCUGCCCUCCACGUUUUCCUCCCAGCGUGGGCGAACCCCCUGGUAGCCCCAGUCCGUCAGUCGUUCUCAAGGACCCCCCCCGCCGUCAGUGGGCCUGCCUCGUCUCUUCCGGCGGCGCUCGCUGAUGGUCCUGGCCCUGCUGAGGAUCCCACCCCCGGCCUCGACUUGCCGUCCCGCGUCCUCCUCUUUCGACCUCACUCUUCCGUCUUCCCACUCUUCCUUCUUGCUCUCUUUCAAGCCUCAUGCCAUCACCUCGACAGCUCUGACUCUGGCCUCGCCUUCCGUCUCGGGCGCCGGCGGGAUCUGACCCAUCCGAGUCUGUAA